AUGGCCGAGAAGAAUCCUUUGAUUGAGGCUUUGCCUCCUGCUACCGAUUAUCUCAGCUAUCUUACCAUCAUCGAAUACAAUCUCAAUCCGGAAGCUCUGCCAACGCUACAUCAAGUACUUCAAGACACCAAGUUGACCACUAACAUCGGUUGGGAUCUUGUCCAUAUGCUCGUGCCCCUGCUGCCAAACUCGAACGAGUGCCUUCAAGACAUCGCACGUCUAGGGAACCCUCGUGAAGUCAUUUUGAAGGUUACAGAAUCACUGCGCUUGAUCGACUUCCAAGGUCUGGAACCAGACACGGAUGAUGAUGAGCCUAUCGCUGGUGAGGAAACAAACCCAGCUUAUCAUCCUUCCAAGACUGCACCUGUUGAAGGUAACGACGACAAAACGACUCAGGCAAUUGAGACCGCUGCACCUUUGCCCCUCCCUGUGCUGCAGUUCACCAGCUUAUUGUCAAUGUUGUCAAUCUUGCACACUCGCAUAAAGACACAAUACCCCAGUCGCUUCUUGUCAACAUCACUCCAAGCUAUCCUGGCGUCUUUCAACAAUGCAGCAAACCACAAGGAGGAGUUGAUCUCAGCCAUUGUUCAAUUCGUAAAGAAUGUUUCUGGAACUAAGCGCCCUAAUCUUCCCCCUCGUAAAAGCAGUACCCAGGUCCUGAGCAUACACGUUCAAGCUUCUGCACCCGACCCAGAAUCUGACACAGCCUCAAAAUUGCCGUCAGCAAGUGAGGCCGCUAUACAGAAGCGCCUCUUUCAAUCAUUUAUCACCCAUAUCUUCGAGGAUUACAUGCUCUCCUUGACUUCAGACAGCGAUGCGCCAGGCCUGGCUUGGUGCAGCCGCUUGCAAGAAAAGCUACAUCCUGAACGCACCGUCCCUGGCAAGUCUUCUAUGACUGACAAGUUCAUCUCGGAUGAAGAGCUUGCAGCUCGCUUGACUGCUGUCGGUGGCUUAGUUGCCUUAGCUCGCGAUCUGGGUAUGGAGAGGGAGGAUCUUCUACCUGCUAUGGAGGGUGCCGAUUCAGGCUCAUCUCUUAUUCCUGACGACGAAGAUGAGUUCCCUAAGACUGCAGCCGACAUUCCUCUGUCAAAGGUGGGCUCACUCUUCAUGUUUGCUGCUGCAAAUGUAGCCACUGUUUUGUACUCUACACCGAAGCCCAAGGACAUGUUCAGCAUCUUCCCUGAACAUCAAAAGAUUCUUUUCAACUACAUCGCAAACUCCCCUGACAUGGGAAACACUAUAGGUACAGAACCCGAAGCUGUACUUGACGCCGUCCUAACUCUUGCUAUACUCGCGGUUGAGGAGGACCAUAUUGGCGAGCCUGGGGACAGCGAAGAGUUCAACCAGUACCUCCAAUACCUCUCUCUGAUCUCCUCAAAUUCUCCUUCCCCUAGCAUUCGCUACCAUGCAUUCUAUCUGGUAUCCACUAUCCUGCGCUCGAAUCCUUCCGAUGUCGAAAGACUUGCUUUCAUCAAGGACACACUCGAGCAUUGUCCCUUCGACAAUCUCAAGGUUGCGGCGAUCAGCUGGGUCAAGGGCGAGACUAUUGAAGCCAACCCUCCCACUCCUAUCUCUUCGCACGACUCUGAGCAGCAAGAAUCAUUCCAGGACUCUAGAGACGAGAGUUCCGUCUUUGCAACACCAGUAGCAUUGGACAGCUUAGCCCCAUACCUGUUCCCUGAUCUGACUCACGACCUUACGACAAAGAGCAUCACCGAAUCGUGGCUCGUCUUCCAGCAGAGCUUGCACUUUUAUUUGGCAUCACUAAACUUCUAUUAUCUGCUCUUGUCUGCACAACAUCUCCACGAGCCUUUGGCUAUCGGUGACUUGCAUGCCAACAAUGAUGUGGCGGGGUCGUUCUUACAACCUCUGAGAGUCGCAUCCAUUCGAUUCAAGGAGGGAAAGGCAAGCGGUGAAUUGGCUAGUGUUUGGGAGGACACGGGUGAUGAUGAUGAUGAUGCCCACAUGGCUGAACUUGGUUUGCUUGAUAUGACUUUGGAGAAGGUCACGGCCGGUGUUGCACGUUUGAAUCAGGUCCAAGCAUAG